AUGGCAGUGAGUCUACGUAAUGGCAGAUACUUAGACUUGGAGCAAAAUAGGGCUCGAGAAAGAAGACAAGCUGAGACACUUGUACCAGUGCCCAUUGAGCUAGAUGAUUCAACAGAACUGACAGAGGUGACAGUACAGCCUGCCCAGGAAGAACCCAACACACAGAUUGAGGCUGAGAAAGAAGCUGAGGUAGCCCAGGAACCAGUAGUUGAGGUGGUGCCUAACAAAGAAAAUACCCAAAUCAUUGGGAAGAAGAGACCUCCAGCACCAUUCCCGCAGAGGCUGUCCAAUGUUGCGGUGACUAGACCAGUUGCUGAGAAGCUGUCAGACCCAGGGAGUUUCACAAUUCCUUGCACUAUUGGUAACUUUGCUUUUGCCAAGGCACUUUGUGAUUUGGGGGCUAGCAUAAAUCUUAUUCCCCUGGCGAUCUAUAAGAGAAAGACCACUUCCCACUUCGUUGAUCAGAUGCUUGAUAGACUGGCAGGGAGGUCCCACUUUUAUUUUCUGGAUGGGUACUCAGAGUACAAUCAAAUCUUCAUUGCACCAGAAGAUAGAGAGAAGACAUCAUUCACAUGCCCAUAUGGCAUAUAUGCUUUUCGGAGGAUGCCCUUUGGCCUAUGCAAUGCACCUGCCACAUUCCAAAGGUACAUGAUGGCCAUGUUCACUGACAUGGUCGAAGACAUAAUGGAGGUGUUCAUGGAUGAUUUCUCAGUGGUAGGAAACUCACUCGACGAGUUCCUUAUAAAUCUGACCCGGGUGUUGAAAAGAUGUAUUGAGACUAACCUGGUACUUAAUUGGGAGAAAUGCCAUUUUAUGGUACAAGAGGGCAUAUUCUUGGGACACCGGGUAUCAAGCAAGGGAAUCGAGGUGGAUCUGUUAAAGUUGAUGUGA